AUGAACGACGGGAAUGACAGGUUGAAAGCUUAUAAAGAUAGGAGAAAGGGAUUGAUCGAGGAGGCUGCUGAUUUCAAAUCCGACGCGCUCUUCAGAUCUUCGUUGAGUCCAGUUGAACAGCAAGCAUGCGCCAUUUUCGACAAGAUUCGGAAGGAGGAGGCCGAGAAAGUUUGGUCAAACUCCGGAGCUGAGGGUGGAGGCGGAAACGAUGAACUUUAUCCUGGAAUGCCAUUCGGUUUUGCGAAAGAGCGUAUUCGAGAAACGAAGCUGUGGGAGAUCGUCAAGAGGCUGCCAAAGGGAGCGCUGUUGCAUGCGCAUGGAGAUGCGAUGGUGCAAGUGCGGGAUCUGCUUGGCAUCGCAAUUGGUGUGUCGGAGGAAGAUGAGGAAGGAGAAGAAGAUGGGGAUACACUCACCCCAUUUGGGGACAUAUAUCUCCAAUCGGACAAACCUCUCGUCACUCUCGACGAUCUACAUACAGGCAAAAUCAGGUUCCGAUACUACAAGUUUCGCACCGCACAAAAAACUACACUUGCCCAUCCAGUGACAAUGCUGUACUCGCCUCACUACCGUCCCGGCUCCUUCACCCUCCUCUCCGACGCCAUCGCCCAGUUCCAACCCUCUGACACCUGGGCCACCUUCGCCGACUUCCUUACCUCCAAAGCCUCUAUUACCCACGCAGAUGCACAACACCACCAAUGGUCCCAUAGAACCGUAUGGGAUAAGUUCGUGGAAUGUUUUCUGGUUGUGGAAGGACUCAUCUUUCAUGCACCGAUUUUUCGACGAUACGUGCAGAAGAUGUUGGAAGGACUUUUGGAAGAUGGAGUGAAGUGGGUGGAUGUGCGAUGGGUUUUUGGACGUUCUGAUCCAAAUGCCGGGAUGUUGGCUGGCGUGGAUCUGGCCAGAGUCUUCGACGAGGAAGUCCAACGAUUCAAAGCUUCGCACCCCGACUUCUGGGGCGCACGGAUAAUCUAUUGUUUCCUCCGCUCCCUCGGCCCCGAAGCACUGCGUGACUCCUUAGACGAAUGUGUCAAAGUCAAGCAAGUUUUGCCGCACGUCAUUGCCGGGUUCGACAUGGUUGGGCAGGAAGAUGCAGGGUUGCCGCUCAGGGACUACAUUCCCGAACUAUUGGCUUUCAGAGACAGGUGUAUGGAAUUGGGAUUGGAUAUCCCCUUCAUGUUCCACGCCGGCGAAACCCUUGGCUCGGGGACGGACGCGGACGAUAAUUUGUAUGAUGCUGUGUUGUUGGGGGCGAAGAGGAUCGGGCACGCGUUCUCGUUGCACAAACACCCUGUUCUCAUGCAGGAAUGUGUAAAGAACAACAUUUGCAUCGAGUCAUGCCCGAUCUCAAACGAGGUAUUGCGACUUACACCCACGAUCCUUACACACCCCCUCCCAGCCCUUCUAGCAAACGGCGUCACCUGCACCCUCAGCAACGACGACCCAGCUAUCCUCGGACAGGGCGAGACUGGUGUCAGUAUGGAAUUUUACCAGUGCUUGAUGGGGUGGGAUAGCCUCGGAUUGGCAGGAGCCGGGGCUUUGGCUGAGGCGAGCGUACAGCAUGCAGCUUUUGAGACGGAGGAGGAGAGGGAUAGGAGGGUGGCGGAGUGGAGGGUGGAGUUUGGAGCGUUUUGUCGGUGGGUUGUGGAAGAGUUUGGGGAGAAGGAGGAGACCAAGAUCAAGGCGGAAACUCCCGUACCAAGAAUAAAGGGACGGAAACGGGGGAACGAGGAGAUUGCGACACCGGAACCGAAUGGUGCAUUUUCGCAUCUUUCGAGCUAUCGGUUUAUCAAGUCGCAUCUGGAGACGAGGCCGUUGGAGAAACUUGAUGUUUAUAUCGCGACGAUGUCACCGAGGGAUACACCAGUCGUCACGAAGCUGGUAAAGACGAUCGUGGAAUCCGCUGUUGAUCCACACGAUCUCUCCCAUGUCAAACGACUAAAGAAGACGGAGAUCGACGGCCAGCUGGACAGCAAGGGAAGGAAACCGAUGCAACUGGAGAUCGUGCUGUGCAGCACGGAAGCACAUACUUUCGAGGAAAUCACCGCGAUGCUGGCCGCCAAGGACCUGGACCUCCCGGUGGUGAUUGGGCAGAUAUCGAAGCAUGCACCUUUGACGAUGGAGCAGAUGAUAUCCUGGGCCGAGCUAUGGCCACUAGUUCUGAAAGCCGACUCAGCACGAUCAGUCCAAAGCGCAUUCCCACCCCUCGACAAGCUCCAACCGCACUACGACACCCUCCACAACCUCGUCGCCAAGGCAAAACUGAAUGGCGAACUCCCCAUCGCCACAGUCAUCAUCGAUCCAACAACAUGGACCGAAGUCGGCUCGGCCCACGACACUCGCCACUCAACUUCCCACCCCCUCCACCACUCAAUCAUGAACGCAAUCACCUCCGUCGCAACCCACCACGCCUCCCUCCCCCCCGCCCCCAACCCCGAAGACGCACCCUAUUUGUGUAAAAACUAUAUCGUCCUCACCACACACGAGCCAUGCGUGAUGUGUUGUAUGGCACUCGUGCACUCGAGAAUUAGGAUGUUGGUGUAUGGGAGGGCUGUGGCGGGGACGGGAGCGGUGGAGAGUACAUAUGGGUUGCAUUGGAGGAAGGAGUUGAAUCAUCGGUUUGGGUGUUUUGGGGGGUGGGGGGAGGAGGGGUGGGAUGAGCUAGACAAGGAUAUGCACAUGUGA